AAAAAAGGGAGAUAGGGCGAGAUUAUAAAAAGGAAAAACAAUUGUAGAAGAAGGAAAAAAGAAGAAGAGGAAGAAAAAGAAGAGAGAGAGAGAGAGAGAGAGAGAGAGAGAGAGAGAGAGAGAGAGAAGGUGUGUUGUAAAAAUAUACAGGGGGCUACAGAAACAAAGAAUUUUUUUAUUCGCUUGGACACGGCAUCAUGGUCAAAACUUUCCAAGCGUAUCUGCCCUCCUGUCAUCGCACUUACUCGUGCAUUCACUGCCGUGCUCACCUCGCCAAUCACGACGAACUCAUCUCUAAGGUGAGCUCUCUCUAUCAGUCCUUCCAAGGCAGUCAAGGUCGUGCCUAUCUCUUCAAUUCUGUGGUAAACGUGGGUUGUGGUCCUGCCGAGGAACGCGUACUCUUAACCGGCCUUCAUGCGGUCGCCGAUAUUUACUGCGAGUGCUGCAAGACGACUCUCGGCUGGAAAUACGAGCAUGCCUUUGAGUCAAGUCAAAAGUACAAGGAGGGCAAGUUCAUAAUCGAGCUCGCCCACAUGAUCAAGGAGAAUGGAUGGGAAUGAAACCUUCUUAGGGGAAAUUUCGAUUAAUAUUCCCCCUGAUCUUGAAUCGCUUGCGUCGAACUUCGUUCAUUGAUGAUAAUGAUGAUGAUGAUGAUGAUGAUGAUGAUGAUGAUGCCUCUCCUAUUGCGACGACGAAGACGACGAUUACGACUACGAUGACGACAAAUAGGAAUAACGUCUUCGUUCUAAUAUCGUAAAGUGCGCGGCACAUCUUCAACCACUCCCUCUCAUUCCCCUCAUUCCCAUCCCCACUCACUCACUCACCUACCCCUUGUGUCCAUUCUCCUUACUCCUCGCCCUCAUUCUCCUAUCUUCUCACCACUUUCUCAAGCUCAAGCUGUGAACCAAACCUCCCAAUCCACAACCCCUUCUAAUCCAAUCCAAUCCCAAGCCAACCUCCAAAACACCCCUCUCUUCUUCACUCUCUGUCGAACCACCAACGAAAGUCUGUGAUUUCAUUUGUGAUUUCUAAUCUUAGUAACGUUUAUGUUUCGGACAAUUCGACGGCUUCGAAUACAAGGACGAGGACGAGGAAGACAAGAACUAGAACGAGAAUUAGAACGAGAACGACAAGAACGCAACCGAUUUUUGCUUCUUUUCGAUCGACUCGAAAGACGAGCGAUGACAUCGGUGAAUGAUCCGCAUUAUGCGUAUGGGGAUCCUAUCGCCGAUAAUAUAUUAAUUGUGUAAAGAAAUUUUAUUUUUCGAAAGGACCGCGCGCACGCGCUCACUCUCUGACGCGGCCGCGCAAUAUAUAUAUAUAUACACACACGCAUAUAUAUAUAUAUAUGUAUAUAUAUAUAUAAAUAAAUAUAUAUAUAUAUAUAUAUAUAUAUAGAUUAUUAAAUAAGACGACGAUAUGACAUCGCGCGAUUAUGGUGAAUAUGAUGACGACGAUGGUGCCAUGGUGGAAACAAUAACAACAACAGCAACAACAACAACAACAAUAAUAAUAAUAAUAAUAAUAAUAUUAAUAAUAAUAACAAUAAUAAUAAAGGGACCGGAUAGUUCUGUUCGACCUCAGGGGUGCCCCUCCCUCCCCUCAUAUUUUCACUCACAUCAUUAUUCUGUCGUUCGAUCAGACGACAACGAUAACAACGACGACGACGACAAAAACAACAACAACAACAACAACAACAACAACUUACAACAAGCAACAAGCAAGCGUCGUGUCCGUAUAGAUAUAAUAUGUUAAGAAAUAAACGCGUGUGUGUGUGUGGGGCACCCCAAGGAGAAUAUCAGUUCUUAGAAAUCCGUUAUCCGCACUCGAAGUCAAUCCUUUUAAGUGCAACGGAAAAAAAAAGAAAAAGAAAAAAAAUAAACAAGAACGGUAAACGAAAAAAAUGAGCAAGAACAAAAAGAAAAGAAAAGAAAAGAAAAGAAAAGAGAGAAAGUAAGAAAGUAAAAAUAAAAGGAAGGAAAAAUAAAGAGAACAGAUAAAGAAAACACAACAACAACAACAACAACAACAACAACCACAACAACCAACACACACGUCGCUGAACUGACCGCCUGCCUGCCGCGUCUAUCAUUGGAAUUUCACUGCCGAUAUUCCUAACUAUUAAUUAAGAAGAAUUAUUGCGUUGUGCAUAGACGACGCGAGAAAGAAAGAAAAAAAAAAAAAAAUAUAUGGUAGUCUCUUAGUGUAGCUUACGUUUAAUAGUAUAUUAACUGAAAAAGAAAACAAAAAGAAAAGAAAAAAAAAAAAAAAGAAUAAAAAAGCCUAUAUUA